AUGGGAAAAGUUAGAUCAAGACCUGGACCUCCCAAAAAGGAGGGAAUAAAUAAAUCUAAUCAUAGCAUGAAUCCUAAUCGGUCAACUGAAAAUUUAAAAGGAGUUGCCAAAGCUAGAAGUAAAUCUACUAUCAAUAGGUUGCACAUGUACAAAAAUUUCAAGCCCAAAAGAAAUAAAUCAGGAAAAAUUAUAUCAGCUGCUCCAUUUCAAGGAUGGUUAAAAUCUGGAACAACUGCUAGAGUAGAACCGAAUCAAAAAUGGUUUGGAAAUUCCAGAGUAAUAUCACAAAAUGCCUUACAAAAGUUUCAAGAGGAGCUCGGUGCAGUUAUGAAAAAUCCUUAUUCUGUCAUUAUGAAACCAACAAAGUUGCCCAUUACUUUACUAAAUGAAACUGCAAAACAUCAAAGAGUUCAUCUUUUAGAUACCGAAUCUUUUGAGGAUUAUGAAUCGUUAACUAAUGCAGCUCAAAUGUCUUUUGAAAAAUACGAAGCUGGUAAAGAUGAAAAAGAUUUCGAUUUAGUCAAAGAAAGUGAUGGCACCAAAGAUGCUCCAAGGGAAUGGAUUAUGUCAGCUGGUCAAAGUAAAAGAAUAUGGAAUGAAUUAUACAAAGUAAUUGACUCAAGCGAUGUUGUCAUUCAGGUUUUAGAUGCUCGAGAUCCUUUAGGAACCAGAUGUCCAAGAAUUGAAAAAUUUUUAAAGGAAGAGAAAAAACAUAAACACUUGAUAUUUAUUUUAAAUAAGGUAGACUUGGUUCCGACUUGGGUUACCCAGAGGUGGGUUGCUCACCUUAGUGCCGAAUAUCCCACUGUGGCUUUUCAUGCUAGUCUUACACAUGCUUUCGGAAAGGGAUCAUUAAUUAAUUUACUGAGACAAUUUGCAAAACUUCACAUUGACAAAAAGCAAAUUUCUGUCGGUUUCGUGGGAUACCCAAACGUUGGUAAAAGCUCAAUAAUAAACACAUUAAAAUCUAAAAAAGUUUGCAAGGUAGCACCAAUCGCAGGAGAAACUAAAGUAUGGCAGUACAUAACCUUAAUGCAGCGAAUUUAUCUGAUAGAUUGUCCUGGAGUUGUUUAUCCAUCUGGAGAAACUGAUACUGAAAAAGUAUUAAAGGGUGUGGUUCGAGUUGAACUUGUUAAAAAUCCAGAGGAUUACAUAGAUGAAGUUUUAAAAAGAGUUAAACCGGAAUAUUUAAAAAAAAUAUAUAAAAUCGAUGAUUGGAACAGUUCAAAUGAAUUUUUAGAAGCAAUCGCUUUGAAAAUGGGUAGGUUAUUAAAAGGUGGAGAACCUGAUAUUUCCACAAUAUCCCGUUUAGUUUUAAAUGAUUGGCAACGUGGUAAAUUACCUUAUUAUAUCGUACCUGCUGGUUGCGAAGUGCCAUUGUCGAAACUUAAUAACGAAGAAAAUGGUACACCUGAAAAUAUUUCGGAAAAAUCAGAAAAUAAUAAUACUAAUACUAAUAGUAAUGGUACAGAAAUUGAAGCAAAAGAAGGAAACGAAGAAGAGAAUAAUGUUAAUAAAGAUUUAAGUAAAGUAAAAAUUACUCAAAAUUUAACUAGAAUUAAAGUGGCUCUAGAAUACGAUGAAAAUACCGAUAAAGAAUUAAUAGAAAAGAAUCAAGUAAAACCGAUUGAUGAUCGUCGAAGAAAAGACAGCAGCAAAUCUGAGGGAACGACCGUUUUUUCGGAUUCAUCCGACAGUGAAUCUAAAAUUUUUAACGUUGUUCAAACUACGAGUGGCAGAUUUAUAGUUACUGACGUAGACGAUUAUGAUACGAUGAGAAAAGAAUUUAUGAAGGGAGAUGAUAAACCGGAAAAGGAAAAAAGGAAAUUAACUUCAAAACAAAGGAGAGCAAUCGAAAGAGCUCAAAAGAGGAAGAAAAUCGGAAGUAAUUUUUACGAAGUUACAAAUGUCAAAAAUAGAAAUCGUAAUCGUAAAAAACCCAAAAUUUAA